AUGGCAUCCAUAUUCACCUAUGACCCUGACCCGCCCCGGGUUUCGUCCCCGUGGUCGACUUCUGGGUCGUCGACGCCCCAAAUCGCCGCCGCAAGUGGAAGAGGGCUGUCAAUACGGACGAAAUCUAGUGCAGCUCUGGAUCAUGCAGAAGCAGACUUUCUGUCCGACUAUGGGAUCACCAAAUUGGAGCCCGAGCCCCAAGAGGGUCCCACGGAGUACAAGUUGCAUCUGCUACUCCGUCCACGACGGCCAUAUAUUGCUAUGUCGACAGGCCACGUAGUUGCCGGCUCUUAUCAUUGUCGCGCGGCCAUUGGGAGCCAGAAACCGCCUUCGCAGGGACCAUCUCCACUCCAGUAUGCAACUACCCCGCGGCCCAUGCAAGCGAAGUCCAGUCAGAGCCGCCAGCAACGGCUACAGGGGCUUACAACUCAAUUACUAUGGCGAUUGCAGCAGUCAUCGCCGUUUCAUUCGUCUACUACGGCAAAUCUUGUUGUUCCGGUCCUUCCAGAGGCGACACUGCCUACCAAGCCCGCUCGCUUGUUACCUGGGCUUGAAGAAAGUCAAGGUGCUUUGUAUGAGAUUGGAGUUGCCGAUGAUGGAACCUUUGUCGGCCUCACGCAAGGUGAACUUGACGAGAGUAUAACAACCCUGCAAGCCAUGGCUGCAAGUCUCGGAUGCAAGGUGGAGAUACUCCGCAGAGUUCUUGUUGGGAAAUGCGAGUGGGCAGAAGAAUGCUCAACUACACUGCCAGAAUCGGCCAAAAUCCAAAAGGAAGAUCUUUGGGUUGCAGAAGCUCUCGUCAGCCCCGAUCUUGAUUUUUACAACCUCUCUCCAGCCCUGGCAAGGAAUAAUGCGGACAAUACAUCGAAAGCAGAGUCUGUGUCUAAUCCUGCUUUGGAAGAGGAAUCUUCGCAUACCGAGCAGAUUCGAAUAUCAAUAGCGGGUCCUAGUACAGCCGGGAAGUCCUCGUUACUGGGAACCUUGACCUCUUCUACUCUCGACAACGGCAGAGGCUCAAGCCGACUAAGUCUGCUCAAACAUCGACACGAGAUAUCAUCAGGAAUUACCAGUUCCGUCGCCCAGGAGCUCAUUGGGUAUGCAGCAGAUGAACCGCCUGCCGUGAUAAAUUAUGCGUCUGGGAAUGUGGCUGCAUGGGAUGAUAUCCAUGCCGCUUCGCAUGGUGGCCGCCUGGCUUUCGUCUCUGAUCUUCCAGGAUCCGUACGAUAUAUGAAAUCUACGUUACGGGGCCUAGUCAGCUGGGCACCUCAUUAUGUGUUGCUUUGCAUUCCAGCGAACUGCGGAGCUGAGACAACAGAAGCGGAAGCUGGCAGCGAACAAUUUCCCGAAAUCGACCUCUGCCUCGCGUAUCUCACUCUAUGCUUGAAACUCGAGGUCCCCGUGCUGAUCGCCAUCACAAAACUUGACGUGGCAUCUCGAUCCGGACUACGGGAAAAUCUCGCCAAAGUUUUGUCAGCAUUGAAGGCCGCAGGAUGCAAGCCUGCAAUACUACCGGCGUCUCCCACGGCCGACAAAACUCUUGAUUUACAUCAGGUCAGCACCGCGGACCGCACUGAAGUUCAAAAGGUCAUUGAAGCAGCGAAUGGAGAUUGGUCUCGCACGGUACCAAUAAUCCUCUCCAGCGCCGUGGACGGCACCGGUAUCGGCAAACUACACGCAUUUAUGCGCUACUUGCCCAUUCCCCAACGCCCGCCUCAAAGGACACACCGUCUCUCCGAGCCCACAGUCACAGACCAAACAAAAGCCAACUUCUUCGACGUGGACGAAGUCUUCGCCAUCCCCCGUCAAAAGUAUACUCAAUAUCCGCCGACAAGGGUAACGAGAGCAGGGGAAUGUCGACACUACCGCAGACAACGACAAAGAGCCAACACCACUCAGUCUUCUCUCCCGCAGCAGCGGGCCCGGAUCCUCGGCGAAUUCCCAGCCUCAUUCGCAGCAAGCGUUCUGGCCAAGGACCCCAGCGCCCAGGCGAAAUGGCAGCGCGUUCGAGUAGUCAGCGUGCGUGACCUCCGACUUCCCGUCCACAGACUCAAACAAGACCAGGUCGGGACCAUUGGAAUUGAGCUCCUCGCCUCAUCUACCGAGGAAGGAAAUAUGCCUCGGAUUAGCCGAAUUCGAAAGGGAAUGGUCUUGACGGAUUUCCAACCAGCGGGCGAUUCGCUCCCCUCUCCACUCCCGUCGACAUUGUCCCUGCCCUUCCAUACCGGAUUCACAGCGACGUUCCCGGCCUCUGCAUUUUCGGCCCCGAGCUCGCCACCGCUGUUGCUGGGUGGUAAUGCUAUCGCAUAUAUUGCCAAUAUCAGGACGACGGUCCGUGUAGUGAGUAUGGCGUUGGCCGGUGCAAAUGACGAACUUGUCUCGGAACCACCGUCACCGUCGGAGCCUGAAUUCUUCUCUUUCGACGGAGAUCACUCGCCCUCGCCCUCGCCGGGCCAGGAGAAGGUUAAUGGUGGCGGUCCUCAAAUGAAUGGCGCGAAUGAAAUUCGUCGACGACAAUCUGCGACGGACAUCAAUAAGGUUGUCUCGAAUAAUGUUCCGGAGAAUGGCGUCAAUCAAAAGAAUGGAACCUCGAUGCCGUCUGAGACUUUGCGUGAAGAUGUCAAGAUUACCUUUGCCCUUGUUACGUCUGUGGAGUGGAUUGAACUUGAUUCAAGGGUCUUGGUUAUGCCCGGUGUCACGAUGGGACCAUCCUCUGGUAUUGCGAUGUCGACGCCUGCGUCCGGGGCUGCAGUCGUUCCAAUGUCGGGAUUGGAAGGGUUUGUGGGUACCGUGUGCGAGGUUGUUCCUUGGAGGGCCUCUGGUGAGAAUUAG